GCGCCAUGAUGAUUGGCUGGCGCUGGGGCGGUGGGCGGUGGGGCAGCCUGGCGAGCCUGGGUUGCAAACCCGUGCCGGACUUUCCCUUUCCAUGUUUCGCAGCCCUGGGGUUGCUGCCGAGGCCUGGGAGUCGGCUGGGCAGAAACCUGAAUUUGGUCCUAAGAGCAACGGGGUUGACCGGAAGUGAUCUUGGGGCUGACCGGAAGCGAGGCCUGGAGGGACAAGGGAGCGCGGGUCCCGGGAGGGAGGGGGCGUUCCUAGCCGUAGGGGGGUGGGGGGGAAAGGUGAGACGGCGACCUGGGAGCGCCGGGGAGGCCGUGGGUCGCUGCUGUUUAGGAAGCAGCGAGUGACCACAACGCGCAGAAGGGGAGAGCCCGGAGAGGAGGAGUGUGGGUGCGCAGGGCUGCCCCGGGCAGUCGGAAUAAAUCAGCGGAAGGGCCCUCUCGCGGCUCCGCAGAGCCGACUGCGAGGGAUUUUGAAAGUCGGGGCAGAACCAGGAGCCGAGGGUAGGGGAGAUCAGUGCAGGUCGGGCUAAAGCGCAGCUGGUGGGUACUGCGUGGGAAAUCGUGGUUUGCAGUGUUCUCCAGUCCUGCCCCCAUUGGAUAGAAUCACACUGCUCACCUUUGUGCAAGAAACAGUGUCUCCUGGGGCCAGGAAGCAGCCAGCAUGGCUUGGGCUCUGAAGCUGCCUCUGGCCGAUGAAGUGAUUGAAUCCGGGCUGGUGCAGGACUUCGAUGCUAGUCUGUCCGGGAUCGGCCAGGAGCUGGGUGCCGGUGCCUAUAGCAUGAGUGAUGUCCUUGCCUUGCCCAUUUUUAAGCAAGAAGAGUCAAGUCUGCCUCCUGAUAAUGAGAAUAAAAUCCUACCUUUUCAGUAUGUGCUUUGUGCUGCCACCUCUCCAGCAGUGAAACUCCACGACGAAACCCUGACAUAUCUCAAUCAAGGACAGUCUUAUGAAAUCCGAAUGCUAGACAACAGGAAACUUGGAGAACUGCCAGAAAUUAAUGGCAAGUUGGUGAAGAGUAUAUUUCGUGUAGUGUUCCAUGACAGGCGGUUACAAUACACUGAACACCAGCAGCUGGAGGGCUGGAGGUGGAACCGACCUGGAGAUAGAAUUCUUGACAUUGGUGAGUUAAGAGAAUCUAUUCCCAGGAAAGUAGCUUUUGCUAGCAUUAGUACUGGAACGUGGACACUGUCUUUUCUUCAGGUGCACUGUAUCAGCACAGAGUUCACCAUGAGGAAACAUGGCGGAGAAAAGGGAGUGCCGUUCCGAGUACAAAUCGAUACCUUCAAGGAGAACGAGAACGGGGAGUAUACUGAGCACUUGCACUCAGCCAGCUGCCAGAUCAAAGUCUUCAAGCCCAAAGGUGCAGACAGAAAGCAAAAAACAGAUAGAGAGAAAAUGGAGAAACGAACACCUCAUGAAAAGGAGAAAUAUCAACCUUCCUAUGAGACCACUAUACUUACAGAGUGUUCUCCAUGGCCCGAAAUCACAUAUGUCAAUAAUUCCCCAUCCCCUGGCUUCAACAGUUCGCAUAGCAGUUUUUCCCUUGGGGAAGGAAAUGGUUCACCAAACCACCAGCCAGAGCCGCCCCCGCCAGUCACAGAUAACCUCUUGCCAACAACCACACCUCAGGAAGCUCAGCAGUGGUUGCAUCGAAACCGGUUUUCUACAUUCACAAGGCUUUUUACAAACUUCUCAGGGGCAGAUUUAUUGAAACUAACUAGAGAUGAUGUGAUCCAAAUCUGUGGCCCUGCAGAUGGAAUCAGACUUUUUAAUGCGUUAAAAGGCCGGAUGGUGCGCCCAAGGCUAACCAUUUAUGUUUGUCAGGAAUCCUUGCAGUUGAGGGAGCAGCAGCAACAGCAGCAGCAGCAGCAGCAACAGCAGCAGCAGCAGCAGAAGCAUGAGGAUGGAGACUCAAACGGUACUUUUUUCGUGUACCAUGCCAUCUACCUAGAAGAACUGACAGCUGUUGAAUUGACAGAAAAAAUUGCUCAGCUUUUCAGCAUUUCCCCUUGCCAGAUCAGCCAGAUCUACAAGCAGGGGCCAACAGGAAUCCAUGUGCUCAUUAGUGAUGAGAUGAUACAGAAUUUUCAGGAAGAAGCCUGUUUUAUUCUGGACACCAUGAAAGCAGAAACCAGUGAUAGCUAUCAUAUUAUACUGAAGUAGGUGUGGGCAUUCCAACCUCACUGGCUGCUGCUUCCUUCACCGCUUGGAAACUCCUCUCUCGAAGGGGUUGCAAAUGGAGAUUUGAAGGUCUGCAGGAAUCUGACUGUGUGGGGGGAGUCCAGGUCAUGGAGGCAGCAGCUCAGCCAUCUGUGCGGGCCCCAGCUCUUGUGGCAUACACAGAUUACUGCCCAACAUGCAUUUCUGCAGCUGUUUCUUAGUUAAAAUUUCUGGACUCUGUUGUUAUUGAAUAUCAGUAGAAGCUCCAUUUCAUUUGGGGUGUAUGUAGGACAUAAUGGUGAUGAUAAUUGUGUGAUGUUUAAUGGAAAGAUGUUAAAUUUUGUGAUAUGGAGCUCUUGUGUAAUUUUUUUCUAAUAUAAAAAGUGAACAUCUAUAUUCAUAAGACUAGAGCCUCAAUCUCUUUUGCAUCAAACAAACUGAGUUUUACCACAGUCAGACCCUGAAAACCUCAUCAAAGAGAAUUUUUCUUUUGGUUCCCCUGUAAUAUUAUGACUAAUAUUAAUUUUAGCUAACUUUUAUGGGGCAUUUAUUUGUGCCAGGCAGUGUGAAAAUUCUUCUAAUGGAUUAGCUUGUUUAAAUCCUCUUAAUAAUCCUAUAUGAAGAGGUAUAAUGAUCCCUAAUUGAAGAUGAGGAAAUGGAGACAUGUAGUGGCUAAGUAGCUUGCUGAGUAACGGCCAGCUAGCAGGCAGUGUGAUGCUGAGAUCCAAAACCAGGCAGUCUGGUUCUUAAAAAUUGCCACUCAUUAUGGCCACCCUUGCAGUACCCUGCGCUUGUCAUCAUUUCUUACUGUGGCUCUUCUGGUGAAUAGGACAUAACACUGAGUGAGAACUGAGUAUUUAACCACUGAAAGGGACACACCACAGCUAAUGCACAAAUCAGAAUCUACAAAAAG